AUGGGGCCCAGUGCAGUGAUCCUCCUGGCUGUCGCGUGCACGGCCCACGCCGGCAACCUGGCCUCUCCUGCAGCGUUUGGAUACGCGGCGCCCGCUUCUCCAUUCCUGGGCUACGGUCCCGCACCGUACGCGGUUCCCGCCGCCCCGGCAUACGCGCAGGGCCCUGCACCUGCUGCUGCUGCUACUCCGCCGCAGCCAAGGCCGCAGCCCGCCCCCUACUCCGCCCCGGCGGCACCAGUACGCGCACCUGCACCUGCACCUGCACCACGACCAGCACCUGCAUACGCCGCACCGGCGCCGGGCUACGCCGCACGGGCGCCCGGCUAUGCCGCACCGGGGCCGCAGGCCAUUACGAGCUCGUACUCGUUCAAGACGGUGCACGGAGCACCAGUGGCGCCCGCACCCGUUGCCCCAGCCCCGGUGGCGGCUGCUCCAGCACCGGUAACCGCUGCUCCAGCACCGGUUGCUACCGCACCAGCGCCGGCCGCUUACGCCGCUCCCGCUGCUCCUGUGCACAGGGUGUUUGCCAAUCCGGGUGUGGCCGCAGCUCCGGUGGCGUAUGCACCACCAGCAGCAGCUAAGGUGCUCGGAGCUCCUGCCGUUGCCUCCUACGGACCGUACCCCGCCGUCGGUUACGCCGCUGCAGGACACUACGGCAAAUAUUUCGGAUCGGGAAACAGCGGCGUACCCGGCUGUCCAAUGCAGGGUGGACACUUCAAUGCCACGCGGUGCGGACCGCUCGGGGACACGCCCCGUGGCGACGGCGAGCCUGACCCUAUCCCUCUAGCGGUGACGCCGCAGCAGUGA